GGAGCAUGCACUCCUGGCUGUUAGGUGAAACACGAGUUUGUUUGAUUUUUAUUUUGCUAUUUUCACAUAAACCAAGGUGUUACACAAUAAAUUCCGCGUGACCUCUACGAGUCAUGGUGAUGUACUGAAAAUAUGACUCGAGAUGAUAUAAUAGCCCCGAUUCGGCAGCUUUCAUGAUAAACAAGUGUUAUUUUAAUCAAAGUUCAACACUCAAUAUUUUCAGUUUUGAAAUUUCAGGCCAUAGGGCAGGACAUAAUUUGAACGGAAACGAGACCACAUUCCAGCAACAAAAUGAACACAUUACUUCUUGUGCUCGGAAUCACGUACCUCCACGUAACCAUGGGGUACACGUCACUCAAGCCCCUGUCCUAUGUCCAGCUUCCGACAGGUCUAAACAGCGCCGGAGGCGAAGUUUUUGGCGGGCUAGACCUAAAAGCGUCCGAGGCUGCCGCUUUCGACCACGUCAACUCAAUUCUAUACGUUAUUGGCUCAACUAGUCACCUGAUGCACGCGAUCGAUAUCAUAAACCCGGCAAAACCCGUGCGCCUGUUCAAACACAAGUUCACCAUAGGGGAGGGCGUACCCCUGGCCAUCGCUAUCUGUGGAGGCGAGAUCGCAGUGGCCCUCUCCGCACAGACAGACACGAAUGAAGGUCACGUGAGGUUCUACCGCACUUACACAAGAAACUCGGGGGCCAAUGACGUUUUUCUCGACGGAUAUGUGACAGUGGGUUCACGUCCAAGAGAUAUCAAGUACACACCCGACUGUAAUAUAGUCGUGGUUUCUAACGAGGGAUCAGCAGGCAAAGAUGAAGGCGGGGCAUACGUCGAUCCCGAGGGCUCUGUAACUAUCAUACAAGGAGAGAAAACGGGCAACCCAAGCGUCCGACUAGUCGAUUUUCUGGACUUCAACAUUGGACAGCCAAAUUAUAACAUGCAGAUAAGGACCCCGUCCCUGUACAUUCCCAAGAGCGUGUAUAGCGGCGAUACGACUGUGGCACAGGAUUUGGAACCAGAACAGGUGACAAUCACCUCAGACAGCCGAACUGCCUACGUCACACUGCGAGAAAACAACGCCAUUGCUAGGGUUAAUUUACGCACCUCUGAGAUUCCAUCCGUCACCGCUUUGCCCAGGAAAAACUGGCAAUACACUGGUGUAGAUGUUAGUGACCGAGACGGAGGUGUUCACCGACGUAUAUUCCCAGGGCUACAGUCACUUAGGCAACCAGGCGCAUUGGCAUCGUUCGAAAUCGGAAACAAGAAAUUCCUUGUCACUGCCGACGCUGGUGGUAUAAAGGAGUACACAGCCGCGAAACAUGGCUUCGCAUGGUCAGACAGCGCCAUCGCAAAAACAAUCGCCGCACAGAUUGAAGUUCCGGGCUUGAAGGUCAAUGCUUCUAAUGACGAAUACCUCGGUCGGUUGUUUAUCAGCACUGUAGACGGCAAGAACGCUUUCACGGGCUUGUACUCACAUCUGGAAAUGUUCGGUGGGCGUGGUUUCUCUAUCUGGGACACCAGCAACAUGCAGGCCCCCGUGUUCGACACGGAGGGUACGCUGGAGGAGUACAUGGAGAGCUUCUACAAGCCAGUCUUCAACACCGACUAUGUUAAAGCUACAGCCACUUACACGUCACCUGAAAUGAACCGAGACUUUGCUUCCGAAUAUCAGGGUGCGCACGUGUCUAGCAUCGAUGUUGCCGACAACAACGGAACCGUGCUGAUGGUCGCCGGAACGUGGUCCACGGGCACAUUGUUUCUGUACACUGUGGACACGAGUUCCGGUCAGCCCAUUCCGCAGUUCCAGGCUAUAUACAGGGCCGGUAACACAGACGAGCCCUGGGCUGACCUGUACACGCAGAAAACCGUCGGAGAUCUCUACAUCUCCGAUGUAGGCAUCAUCACGAGUGACAAGAGUCCAGUGGACCGCCCCCUCCUGUACGUGACCAGCUCGGGUGCCGGAGCAGUCUCGGUGUACGAGAUAGUGGACGAGACCCCAAAUAUACCUUGAGCUACUUUUAAACUUAUUUAUAUCAGUACUUCGAAUAAAAAUGUGAACUAUGA